AUGACUCUUCUCUGCAUUGUCUCUCUCAUAGCAUUGGCAAGUACAAUUGUUGAGGCCAGAAUUCCUGGUGUUUACUCUGGUGGGGCGUGGCAGGGUGCUCAUGCUACUUUCUAUGGCGGCAGUGACGCCUCUGGAACUAUGGGAGGGGCAUGUGGGUACGGAAAUUUGUACAGCCAAGGCUACGGUGUGAACACAGCGGCACUGAGCACAGCCCUUUUUAACAACGGUUUGAGCUGUGGAGCUUGCUUCGAGAUCAAGUGUGCAAAUCAGCCUCAAUGGUGUCACUCUGGUAGCCCCUCCAUUUUUGUCACCGCCACUAACUUUUGCCCUCCAAAUUACGCCUUGCCCAACGACAAUGGCGGCUGGUGCAAUCCUCCUCGCCCCCACUUCGAUCUCGCCAUGCCCAUGUUCCUCAAGAUCGCCGAGUACCGUGCCGGCAUUGUCCCUGUCUCUUAUCGCCGGGUGCCAUGCCGGAAGCAAGGUGGGACCAGGUUCACGAUCAACGGCUUCAAGUACUUCAACUUGGUUUUGAUCACCAACGUCGCGGGUGCAGGGGAUAUAGUGAAGGUGAGCGUAAAAGGGUCGAAGACUGGAUGGAUGAGCUUGAGCCGCAACUGGGGUCAGAACUGGCAGUCAAAUGCUGUCUUGGCCGGACAGUCACUCUCCUUCAGGGUCACAGGCAGUGACCGACGCACUUCCACUUCCUGGAACAUUGUCCCUGCAAAUUGGCAGUUUGGCCAAACUUUCACUGGAAAGAAUUUCAGAGUCUAA